CGGCGCAGGGCCCGUCGAGGGGAGACCGAGCUUGCCAAGCUGACGCCUGGCGAGGCCAUGGAGCCCGGCGCCCGCGGUGCACCGCUGGCGGGGCCCGCCGGCCCGGGCCUCCUGACCCUGUUGCUGGCCGUCUCCGCCCCGCUCCGGCUGCAGGCGGAGGAGCUGGGUGAUGGCUGUGGGCAUGUUGUGAGCUAUCAGGAAAGUGGCACAAUGACAUCUAAGAACUAUCCAGGGACUUACCCCAAUCAUACAGUGUGCGAGAAGACGAUCAGAGUCCCAAAGGGGAAGACACUGAUUCUGAGGUUGGGAGACUUGGAUAUUGAAUCCAAGACCUGUGCUGCUGACUAUCUUCUCUUCACCAGCUCUUCGGGUAAAUACGGUCCAUAUUGUGGAAGUAUGACGGUGCCCAGAGAACUCUUGCUGAACUCGAGUGAAGUGACCAUUCGCUUUGCAAGUGGAUCCCAUGUUUCUGGUCGGGGGUUUUUGCUAUCCUAUGCCAGCAGUGACCAUCCAGAUUUAAUAACGUGUUUGGAACGAGCUAACCAUUAUUUGACGACUGAAUACAGCAAAUUCUGCCCGCCUGGUUGUAAAGAUAUAACAGGAGAUGUUUCUGGGAAUAUGGUAGAUGGUUAUAGAGAUACCUCCUUACUGUGCAAAGCCGCCAUCCAUGCAGGAAUCAUUGCGGAUGAACUGGGGGGCCAGAUUAGCGUGCUUCAGCGCAAAGGCUUAAGUCGAUAUGAGGGACUCUUGGCCAACGGUGUGCUCUCAAGAGGGGGUUCCCUGUCAGACAAGCGAUUUCUGUUUACUUCCAAUGCUUGCAGCAAAUCCUUGACCUUGGAAGCUGACAGACAGAUCACAGCUUCUUCUUCUUGGCAUUGGGCCAAUGAGAUUGGAGAACAAGUUCACUGGUCCCCUGACCAAGCCCGACUUCAGGACCAAGGCCCAUCCUGGGCCUCAGGAGACAGCAGCAGCAACCACAAACGAGAGUGGCUGGAGAUCGACUUAGGGGAGAAAAAGAAAAUAACAGGAAUUUGGACCACGGGAUCCACACAGUCAAAUUUUAACUUUUAUGUGAAGAGUUUUGUGAUAAACUUCAAAAACAACAACUCAAAGUGGAGGACUUAUAAAGGAAUUGUGAAUAAUGAGGAAAAGGUGUUUCAGGGUAACUCUAACUUCCGGGACCCUGUGAGGAACAAUUUUAUCCCUCCCAUCGUGGCCAGAUAUGUGCGGGUUGUCCCUCAGACUUGGCACAAGAGGAUAGCCUUGAAAGUGGAACUCAUUGGCUGCCAGAUUGCACAAGGUGGGACCGUCGCCUCUGUCGCUGUCCCAUUGGUGCUGCUAGUGGUCCUGCUGUUUACAGGAUUGGGAGUCUUUGCAGCCUUCAGAAAGAGGAAGAAGAAAGGAAAUCUGUAUGGAGCAACUGAAGCUCAGAAACCAGGCUGUUGGAAGCAGAUUAAGUAUCCCUUUGCCAGACAUCAGUCAACUGAAUUUACCAUCAGCUAUGACAAUGAGAAGGAGUUGACACAAAAGUUAGAUCUCAUCACAAGUGACAUGGCAGAUUACCAGCAGCCACUCAUGAUUGGCACCGGAACGGUCACUAGGAAAGGCUCUACCUUCCGGCCCAUGGACACAGAGGCCGACGAGACAGGGGAAAGCCCCGAAACUGGGAGCCACUACGAUUGCCCUCCUCGUCCUGGCGGCCACGAGUAUGCACUGCCCUUGACGCACACGGAGCCCGAGUACGCCACGCCCAUCGUGGAAAGGCACCUGCUACGGGCCCACACCUUCUCUGCACAGAGCGGAUACCAUGUCCCGGGAGCCGGGCAGGCUCACAAACAUUCCCUCUCUUCUGGUGAAUUUUCCCCCAGCGCUGUGACCCGAGACUAUCACAAGCCCCAGAGCCCCACGCCGGCGGACCAGGGCUAUGACAAGCCCAAAGCCAAUAGUGUCCUGGCCUCACACAGCAGAGACCCAGAUGCUCAGGAGCCGCGGAUGAAUCUGGGAGUGAAUGAUGGCUAUGCAGCUCCCAGAGACUGCCUCCAAGCCCUCCAGGACACUGCUCCACCUGCUCUUAAGUGAACACAAUGUGAACCUGCUGUUGGCCCUGAAUGGCCGUCUGUGUGAGCUCCUGGAAGAAGAGGCACUGCUGUCCAUGGUGUGUGUGUGUGUGUGUGUGUGUGUGUGUGUGUGUAUGUAUGUAUGUACAAGAUAGAGUGAAUGAGCGUGCCAGCCAAUUCAUAGGAUCCUGGAGAGGGCCUCUCCAACUGUUUACAAAAUUGUGCAGCUGAUACUGUCCUGACACAGAGGGCGAGAAUCUGUUGAGUUGUGUUGGGCUGGAAGAAUGAAAAUUUCAAGCUGGCAUUGUCAAUCUCUAACUGUGAUACUGAGCUGCUUUGGUGUAAGACGUGCAAUCUAUAGAGUUGUACUGAACCAGAAAUGAGAAAGGUAACUUAAAUUUGCUUUAUUGAAUCAUAGUUCCCCCCCCCAAAGGUGAAGUGAGAAAAUGCAGCUGCUGCAGCCUGCCACUGUGCACAUGGCAUGCUUUGGUAGCCAGUGCCCUGUUAGCAGGGCGAAAGUUUGUUUCAACUUAAUCCUGUUAUUAUUGUGGCUCAUUUCCUUUCCUUUGCAUACUAGAACUGAAAGCAUUUUUAACAUUCUUCUCCAAGAAAUUUACUUGAAGCACGAGAAGCACGCCAGGGUGGUGGUUUGUUUAGCAGUUAUCAUUCUACAUUAAAACAAAUUCCACCUCCGUAGCUGCCAGUGUGUUGAGACCCCAUUUCCUAAGUGGCAGGCGGGGUGGCCACGUGGUCACAGGCUAUGGGACAUGCACUGCUCUGGGCCUGGGGCCAGGCUCCCCUGAGGAACGUGCUUUCUCCUCUUUUGGCUUCUGCCUCACCUCUGGCCUCUGAAACAGGAAGCGCCUUGCGUAUGCAAAUUUACAUCUUCAAACUGCCUGCCAGUCUAUGCUGGGACUUCCACAGAUAACCCAAACUGUUCUCUCAACAAAUUGAAAUAAAUGAAGGUGGCACUGCCAAAUGCUUUUGUAUCUCAGAUAAAAAAACAUUGCCAAGGUCAGACUCGCCAUGACUUUCUUCCAAAACAGAACAUGUUAGUGAUUUUCAAGGUCUUCUGGAAAACAAAAUGUUUAGUGGAAAUGGGUUCUUAGAAAAGCAACUAAGGCUCAAUCUAAAUUGAGAUUUUUUUUUUCUUCUGCUGAGAGAAUUGGGAAUUAGACCGGUUUUGUAAAACAAAAUGUUCCCCCAAGCAUGUGUCUAAAUCCAGAAUCGCCCAGGACUCAGCUGUACCUGGUGAACGUGGCUUCUGAGUCUGCUAUGUGAAAUAACUGGGGGAGAGUGUGGGGGAGGUUAACCUCUUUUGCCAAAGAGGAAAGUAUGUAUUUGUUUUCUAGAAAAUAUGGACCAAAAAAUCCUUUCCCUAAAAACAAUCUUUUAUUACACUCUUGUUAUGGUGGUCACUUUCUGUGAGAUGUAUCUGUAGUGUACUGUUAAAUAAGGAAGGUGCUGGAAGACAGAAUACAUCUGUCAUUGCGGAGGAUAAACCGUUUACUUUGUGCAGUUUACAUGAUUUUACAUGCAUACUAAUGGUAAUAAAUAUGCCCGAUCA